AUGGAGACCGUCAACUCUCUCGACAUCCUGCCCGAGCCCGCUGGCCCUGAUGCGGCGUCGGGUUCUCUGCUGGCCGCCGUGCGUACACACCUUGCAAUGAACUCCUCCGACUCCGACCGGUCCCUGAUCUCAUCGCCUGCUGUUCCUGACAACAGGCCAGCCGUCCCUGCGACCAAGGUGGAGCCCACGACAGAGCCCUUCCCGGAGUACUAUGAAUGCGAGUCGCCUGACUCGAUCGCCGACCCACAGCACGAAGACGCCUACAAUUACGCCAUCUCCAAGGUUGUGCAAGAGGUGAUCAAGUUUCAGGAAGUGGACGCGCAGCUGGUCUCGUUGCCGCCCUUCGUCGUUGGCGCUACCAGCCCUAACCUGACCCUCGGCUCCGUCGACGGCGUUGACUGCCUGACCGUCGACCACAAGCACCGCACUCUCAACCAGAUGAAGCAGCUACUUUCCAUGCCCCAUCUGCGCCCCGAGACCCGCCGUCGCUUUGUCGCUCUCACCAACAUCGUGCUGCGUCUCAACUAUGUUCUGUUCCAUCGCGUCGAUGGCAAUGUCUGCAAGAUCUUCUUGGGUGCCCAGGAUACCACCGAUGCCCAAAAACUCGCCAACACCGUUCUGAUCUACCUUGUCUGGCUGGAUGACAUGAUGCAGGAAAAUGUCCAGGUCGCGACCAACGUUUCCUACAUCUUGGGUCACAUCGCUGCGGAGGAUGAUGACGAGACGGUGUACGUGCGCUACCGCCGAAUGGCCACUGUGGUAAUCGCGCACCUGAAGAAGCCGCGCCUGCUCGAACGUCAACUGCUCUCUGUCUACCUUGAACUCUACGAGGCCUGGGUGCACACCACGUUCCUCCGUCUGCGCAACCGUCAGAUCUUGCGCGAGGACAUCCCCAACACCGAUCGUAUGGAUCUUUCUCGCCACUUGCUUGCUAUCUGGGACGUGAUGACUCGCUGCAUUGACAACUACUCCAUCUACACCUUCACCACCUGCGACAUUCGCGAUCGCUACCUGGAGCCGACGAUGAAGGAUCUGCUUUGCGCUCCGGACAUCUGGCCGCAGUGUUGGGAGAUGACUCUAGAGGGUCACGAUGAGGAGAAGGAGAAGGAGAAGAAGGCGAAGGAGGGGGCUAAGAAGGAGUUGCUGAAGGUAAUUCAGAAUGAGGCUCUGAGUACUGCUGAAGCGCUGGCGCUGGAGGAGCAGCAAGAGGCUCAGGACCUGGAGGAGGCUCAGACUCAGGCUCUGAAGGGAUGCGAUUUUUAG